CUUUAUAAAGACAUCUCUCGGAUUCGGUUCAGUCCACAAGUUAAAAGCAAAAUCACAUAAGAAUAAGAAAGUUUCCUCUAUUAAUCGUACCGAGUCUUUCCCGAUCAGAUCCAAUCAGCAUGGAGAGAGGUGGUUACCGAGGAGGUCGUGGUGGUGAUGGCCGUGGCAGAGGCGGCGGAGCCCGUGGUGACAGCAGUGGUGGUGGCGGUCGUGGUUACGGAGCUGCCGGCGGAGGAGAUCGCGGCCGUGGUUACGGAGCUGGCGGAGGCGGAGAUCGCGGUCGUGGUUACGGAGCUGCCGGCGGAGGAGAUCGCGGCCGUGGUUACGGAGCUGGCGGAGGCGGAGAUCGCGGUCGUGGUUACGGAGCUGGCGGCGGCGGAGAUCGCGGUCGUGGUUAUGGAGCUGGUGGCGGUGGAGAUCGUGGCCGUGGCUCCCAGCGAGGUGGACAGAGUUCCGGUGGAAGUGGCGGCGGAUACGAUCGGAAUCAACAGGAAUUCCGAAGCCAGAGUCAGUGGGGACCACCGCCGGGUCAAGGUGGUGGCCGUGGGACGCAGAUGCAGCAACAAACUCGAACGCAGGCGGUCCAGCAACCGCCACAGGCUCAAGUGAGUCAAUCCGUUGCGGCAGGAGGAGGCGUCGGCAGAGGCGCGUGGGGUCGUAAGCCGCAGGUUUCUUCUGAUGCGGCGGCGGUUCCAGUUUCUUCUCCGUCAACCGUUACAGUUUCUGAAACGGCUCGUGGUCCUGUAAUGACGAAUCCGAGACCAUCUGUACAACAAGUUCAAGCUUCUUCUUCGUCUUCUACUGAGAAGAAGGUUCAAGUUGCUUCUUCCGAGAGGAAAGUACCAAUAAGACGUCCUGAUAAAGGAGGUGUUGUAGCUGUGCGUCGUGUUAACCUCUUUGUCAACCACUUCCGAGUCCACAUUGAUCCCGAGAGUGUCAUACGCCAUUAUGAUGUUGACAUCAAAGGAGAGAAUCCCACUAAGAAGAUAUCAAGGUUCGAGCUCUCUAUGGUCAGGGAAAAGGUGUUCUCCGACAAUCCCGGCGAGUUUCCACUCGCCAUGACUGCCUACGAUGGUCAGAAGAAUAUCUUCAGCGCUGCUCAACUGCCUACUGGUUCGUAUAAGGUGGAUUUCCCCAAGACGGAAGAAGGGACGAGAGCUCGAAGCUAUACGUUCACUAUCAAGGAGGUGAACGUGCUCAAGCUCCGUGACUUGAAAGAGUACAUGACAGGGGGUUCGUCUCUCAACCCUCGUGAUGUAUUGCAAGGAAUGGAUGUCGUUAUGAAGGAGCAUCCUUCCAAGUGUAUGAUCACCGUUGGUAAAAGCUUUUUCACUCGUGGGACCGAGAGGGACGAGGACUUUGGUUUCGGUGUUGCAGCUGCCAAAGGCUACAGACACGCUCUUAAACCGACCGCACAAGGUUUGUCCUUGUGCUUGGACUACUCGGUGUUGGCGUUCCGGAAGUCCAUGUCUGUCAUCGAGUAUCUGAAGCUGUACUUUGGCUGGUCUGAUUUGCAGCGCCAGUUCAACAGACGGGAUGUGGAAAAUGAGUUGACUGGGUUGAAAGUCACUGUCACUCACCGGAAGAACAAACAGAAACUCACCAUAGUUGGACUGAGUAGAGGAGCCACGAAAGACGAGAGUUUCGAUCUUAUCGAUCCAGAGGGGAAUGAGCCGCCGAGGAAGACGUCCAUUGUUGAUUAUUUCAGGAUUAAGUAUGGGAAAGACAUUGCUCACAAGAAUAUUCCGUGCUUGGAUUUGGGUAAAAACGGACGGCAAAACUUGGUGCCCAUGGAGCUGUGCGUUUUGGUUGAAGGACAGAUUUACCCAAAGGAAGGCUUGGAUAAAGAUUCAGCCUUGUGGUUGAAAAAGUUGUCACUAGUGAAUCCACAACAAAGGCAGAAGAACAUACUGAAGAUGAUAGAGUCAAGUGAUGGUCCUAGCGGUGGGGAAAUUAUUGGCAACUUUGGAAUGAAAGUUGAUACAAAGAUGACACCUGUGGAAGGUCGUGUUCUCAAGGCUCCGGCGUUGAAGUUGGCAGAGAGAGGCAAACCUGUCCGUGAGGAACCUAAUCCAAGACAGAACAAUCAAUGGAACCUUAUGAGGAAGGGAGUCACGAGGGGUUCAGUAGUCAAGCAUUGGGCUGUUCUUGACUUCACUCACUAUGAGAAGUACAACAACUUGAGGAUGGCUAACGACUUUGUGGAACUACUUAUCAAUCGUUGUGGGACACUUGGGAUGCAGCUGGAGGCUCCCAUCAUUUCCAAAUCAGCCAGAAUGGAUUUGCUUUCUAAUGCUAAUGCUCUUGAAGAAUUGCUUCGACAAGUGAUUGACGAGGCUAAUCAUAAGCAUGGCGGGGCUCGCCCAACUCUUGUUCUGUGUGCUAUGUCUGGGAAGGUUGAUGGUUACAAGACUCUCAAAUGGAUAGCCGAGACCAAACUUGGUCUGGUGACUCAGUGUUUCUUGACCAAUUCCGCCAACAGAGGAGGUGACCAGUAUCGGGCAAAUCUCGCCCUCAAGAUCAAUGCUAAAGUUGGUGGAAGUAACGUUGAGCUGAUGGAUACUACUUUCUCUUUCUUCAAAGGAGACGAUGAGGUCAUGUUCAUCGGUGCGGAUGUUAACCAUCCAGCUUCUCGAGAUAAGAUGAGCCCCUCCAUUGUUGCUGUUGUGGGCACUCUAAACUGGCCUGAAGCUAACCGUUACGCAGCUAGAGUCAUCGCACAGCCUCACCGGAAAGAGGAGAUUGAAGGAUUUGGUGAUACGUGCCUUGAGCUGGUUAAAGCUCAUGUUCAGGCCACCAGGAAACGCCCUAACAAGAUUGUCAUCUUCCGUGAUGGUGUCAGUGAUGGUCAGUUUGACAUGGUUCUUAAUGUUGAGUUGCUUGAUGUGAAGCUUACUUUUGAGAAGAAUAACUACUUUCCCAAGAUAACUGUGAUCGUGGCACAGAAACGUCAUCAAACCCGUUUCUUCCCUGCCUCACCCAAUGACGGAAGUGACAAGGGAAAUGUUCCUUCAGGUACGGUGGUCGAUACCAAAGUCAUCCACCCGUUUGAGUACGAUUUCUACCUCUGCAGUCACCAUGGAGGCAUCGGGACAAGCAAGCCCACUCAUUAUUAUGCUCUUUGGGACGAGCUCGGAUUCACUUCAGAUCAGAUGCAGAAGCUUAUCUUCGACAUGUGCUUCACUUUCACUCGUUGCACCAAACCUGUCUCUCUCGUUCCUCCAGUCUAUUAUGCGGACAUGGUCGCCUUUAGAGGACGGAUGUACCACGAGGCAAGUUCACGGGAGAAGAACAUUAGGCAGCCGCGAGGAGCGCCUCCCCCACUGGCCACUGUACUCUCUUCUCUGAGUUUGGAGGAAAAAGCAGUAUUCAAGCUGCACAAGGAGCUUGAGGAUGUUAUGUUCUUUGUCUGAGAAAGAAAAGGUUUGGGGGUUAUAUUAUAUAUGUGUUUUGGGUCCCUAAGCUUAAGUUAAAAAUGCUAUAUUGAAUGUCGGAACAGUCCCAAUAACGCAGUUUUACUCCUUUUUCUGGUAGAAAGGAGUUUGUGCGUGAAUCUAAUUGGGUUUAUUGCAGUGUGUUUCUCUUUGUUUUAAAGUCUUUGUGUUUGUGUUUGGUAUUGUGUUGCUCUUUGGAGCAGAGACUGCGUUAUGUAAUGGUAUUUUAUUAUAUAAAUAAGAAUCUGGGUUUUAUAAGUA